AUGGGGUGGGAACCCAGUAUCAACGCCGACUCUAAACCGCAGCCUUCAUAUACCCCGGCGAGCAUAUGGUGGGCAUGCUGGGCAGGUACCUGGACUGCCGUUGUGGCGUCUGGCAUGGCCUAUCUCAUUGCCCAUCGGAAAACACCGACCCUCCGCAUCCGAGGGAUUGGUUUGUCGCUGUCUUCUGUCGCACUCCUUCAUGUUUACUGGACGGUCGUCCAAUUCGGAAUGAUGAUCGGUGUCAUUAUGCCUGAAGACGCCGAGUACUGGAUCAUGGGCACCUAUUUGCCUUGCGGUAUCGCCCUGUUUCACGCUUCGAACAGCCGGUUUCUGCACGUCGCGAAGCGGCAACAGAAAUAUGCUGAUCGUAGUAGCCGAGUCCUCGACUCUCCUGCGGACUCAGAGCGAGAAGUUGGCGUGGUCAGCCGCUUCUGUCGCCUCCAAUAUACCACCAGGGCCCUCGUCCUCACUUCCGUUGCAAUACUCGUUCAGCUGUUCCUCACCGUCUUGAUGUGGAUACUCUCCCGCAAGCAACACCACCCCGGCAAUGGACUUGUCACUGAAGUUCACGGUGCCAAAAUACAGCAGAAGUCAGGCAUUGGUCUGUGCUGGAAGUGGUGGCCCAGUGUGUUAGGGCAGUUCUUUUGGUCCUGGGUCGUUGCUCCGAUCAUUCUCUGGAAAUCCCGCAAUAUUCACGACACCCAGGGUUGGCGGAUUCAGACUAUUGGCUGCGCAGUUGCCAGCCUUCCCGCGACGCCGAUGUGGCUCAUCGCCAUCUACGUUCCCGCCAUGGAGUCCAUUAACCGGUACUGGCUGCCUCCACAGUGGAUUUGUCUUUCCAUUUGGUUCCUGGAAGUAUUCACCAUCCUUCUUCCCUGCACGGUGGUAAUGCGCCAGCGCUCUCUCCGUGAAGGAAUGUCCGACUCAUUCACACAGUGGGAGCCAGAAAACGAGACCUCUGGCGCUGAAGGCAACUCUCUUAGUUCUGCGUCUACUUUGGUGCAGUCCGUGACGUCAGGCUGGAAAUCCCCCAAUGCCUUUACGGAAUCCAACCCCAACUCGCUGAACAGCAUGCUGAGCAUGAGUGCUCUUGAGCACCUCCUGAAGCACAAUCCGGUCCCGCUUCAGACUUUCUGUUCUCUCCACGAUUUUUCUGGUGAGAACGUUGCGUUUCUUACGAGUGUCGCCAGGUGGAAAACCUCGCUGCCCCCGGCGUGCUGGGAUCACACUACUUUGACGGACGACAAUGUCCAGCAUUUGGUACAAGAACAAUUUUACAGGGCCUUGUGCAUCUAUGUAAAAUUUGUUAGUGUCCGCCAUGCUGAGUUCCCCGUGAAUAUCUCUUCGCAAGAUCUCAAGGCUCUCGGACAUAUUUUCGAUGCUCCCGCUCAGGCCCUGUAUGGGAGCGGGCGUAGGGUUGAUCCCGCCAUACCAUUCACUAUUUCGGAUUCUGAUCCCGAACCUCCGGUGUCCCCGGAAGGCUGUGAGAUGGCCAUCCUAAGGACCGCGUCCUCCGUCAAUGGCCGCUCGCAGUACUGGAGUGGGAUUCCGGAGACGUUCAGUGCCAGGGUCUUUGACCGCGCGGAGGAGAGUAUCAAGUACCUCAUCUUCACCAACACGUGGCCUAAGUUUGUCCGCAGCGGUGGGAUAUUCGCACGCUCGUCGGCUGCGGAGUAG